UGAUGCUCGUGUCUGAUUUGAAACAAAGCUCUACUCACGAGUGACACAAACAUGUUUCAGCUUUCUCACUAAGUUUCAGGUCUGACAUCCAAAAACAACCAUGAAGUUCCACAUGAUGAUUUUCCUCGUUUUCACAGUGACAGUCUCAUCUGAUGCUGAGGAAGUGAAGAACUUGACAGGCACAGAGGGAGGGUCCAUCACUAUACCUGACUCUGUGAUGGAGAGGGGAUUUCUCUCCUUUGGAGGAAAGAUUGUUGCUAUGGUGACUGAGAGGAAACUAGAGACUUUUGAUGAAAUUUACAAGAAUAAACUUCUCUGGAACAACAACACUGGACUCUUUACAAUCACAAGACUGCAGAGGGACGACUCAGGGAUUUAUCAUAUUGACAACAGGAAAACAGGAAGAGGUUUCCCUAGAACUUAUAGAAUCACAGUGUAUGAGGCUGUCCCAACUCCUACAGUGAUCACACUGAAUGUGAGUGCUGAGAGCUGCACCUUGCUGUGCUUUGUGGAGAAAGCUGAAGAGACGACUCUGUUGUGGUACAGAGACGAGGACAAAGUGAAUCAGAGCAGCGUCGCUCUCUCUCUGCCUCUCACUGUACACCAACAGGAUUUCAGCUCCUCUUAUAGAUGUGUGGCUGCAAACCCUGCUGAACAGAAGACUCUUCUAGUCAAUGUUGUGACAUCCUGUGGUGGACAGAACAAGAUGGACAUCACAAGAGACACUAACACACGGUCCUGGCUGUUCCUGAUUCCCGUGGUUGUCUUUGGGACUGCGGUUACUGUUGGCAUUAUUUUGACUGAUAUGAGAAGAGAGAGAAAAAGAGCUACGACUGUUUCAUCAGCUCUACACUGAUGUCAGCCGCGUUUUAAUUCUUAUCCAUCAAAUAAUAACAGAGGAAACAUAUGCUGCAUGUGUUUUUUAAAUCUGAUAAGUUCAUCUCUUUCUUUCAGCUGCAGCUUUUCCAAAGACACUUGUGCCAAACAGAGCCCUGCACUGUCCACUUCCCCGCUUUGAAAGAGGUCAUUGGCAGCUUCCCACAGAACAACAUCAGUGCGCAAAAACAACAGCUAUAGCAUCUCUUUCUGUGGAAGUUAACAAACGCUUUCAGGAUUUUGCAGUUAUUGAAAAGGACAUGUUGAUUUUCUCUUCAUCUCUUCAUUUGCUAAGAAAAUGCUGAGCUUCCUCAGAAUCAGAAGUCUUUAUUGCCAUGUAAGUGAAGAAGUUUCACAUUACUAGGAAUUUGUUUUGGUGAUUGGUGCAUACAUAGAACAUAAGAAUGAGUAACAUAUAA